AUGGCAGAGCAGAAGAAUGGGUUUGAAUACACGCACAAGGACGGGGAACAAACAUUCUGGCUCGAAGACAUUACCAAGGAGAUGAAAGAAACUUACAUUAAAAAUAGCAGUCCAGAUUCGUCGCCGUCGUUUGAUGAACCGAAGGUUAGAUAUGGAAAUACAAAAUUCGACAGUAGCAGACUCACUCGCAGGACAUCACUGGACACUUCCAUGGAUUUACUUAUGAAGCCACAUGUACCAUCAGCAGCACAUUCAGCUGGGACGUUACGUCAUCAUAAUAAGGGUUUCUCACAAAACGGUCGGCGGAAAUACGUGAGGAACGAUUUAGACUGGGGUGACUCUCCAAACGGGUCGAAGAACAAUGAUUUCCUCUCAGAUCUGCUGCCACACUACGUCACACCACGACACAGACGGGUGCCAAAUGAAAUAGACGACGACUUUCAUGACGUCAUUAUGGGGACCAGGCGACCAGAACCGACAACGAUUCGGAAACAAAUGAACACGGAACCUUUUUUAGACUUGCACCAAAACAAUAACACGAAUAGGAUACAAGCGUCUAAAAGCAACCCUACUAAGAAACCAGCAUCCCUCAGCUCAGUGCCAAGUAAGCAGGCGAAAGACAAGACGAAAGAGUUUGUCAUACCAGAGUUGCCUGAAGGUAGACUGUUGGAGAUCAAGAUAUUCUCCAAUUGGGGCGACAAGUACCUUGUCGGUUUGAAUGGGAUAGAACUGUUUGAUUCAAACGGUGCGACGGUUAAUAUUGAAAAGAUAUGGUCCGACGCAGAUACAGGUGACCAAUCAAAGCACGGCAAAGCAGAGAACAUUGCGGAUGGAGUGGUACGUACGCGGGAUGAGCGUCACGCGUGGACCACGCCGGCACCGCGGGGCGUGCCUAUAUCCCUGAGUGUGUUGCUGGCCAGAUGCUCCAGACUGGCGUUACUGCGACUCUGGAACUACAACAAAUCGCGGAUAUACUCAUCGCGAGGGGUGCGGCUCGUUCAAAUCAAACUGGAUGAUCAGAUCAUAUUUCACGGCGAGAUUGCGCGCUCGAGCGGCGAGCUCAAAGGUCCUUUGACAUCGUUUGGUGACACUAUACUCUUCACCAAAGACCCGUUAAUUCUCGAGUCUGUAAUGUUGAACGAUAAGAAUUUCCAAGUGCUACUAAAGGAUACUGAGCCCAGUGAGUCUAUAGAGAAGCGACCGCCGACGGCUAACGACAGCAACCACAAUCACAGUCCAGUGAUGUUGGAAGGACAGGCCGAGGAAAUGGAAGUCAAGUACAUUGCCCAGAAAAUCAAGUUGACGCUAAUGUCGAAUUGGGGACAGAGGCAUUUGAUUGGCCUGACAGGUAUAGACAUCCUCUGCUACAAUGACGCGGUUCCCAUCCACCGCGCGUAUGCCUACACGACAUACAUUUCCGAAGAAGACGAGUCUCCUGAAAACCCUGCAAUAGCGGAGUGUAAGAACCUCUUCAACGGCAGGAACAUUUCCACGGACUUCGAAGAUAUGUGGUGCACUAACUUCUCGCCCGGUCUGAAGUACGUGCAUAUUGUGAUGGAGCUCAGAGAACCCAGCGAAAUUACUAGCAUCCGUAUAUGGAACUACAACGCCAACAUGGAACUAUCAUACAUCGGCGGGAAGCACGCGCGGGUGUUCCUAGACGAGGCUCCGCUCCACUACCGCCCCGUGUUGCUGCGGCGCGCGCCCGGAGACACAUGCUACGACUACGUACACCAGCUCGAACUGGCUGCUCUGGAUGACAGGCUAGAAGACGCAAAGGACUCGGACAGCUUUCAUAUGGACUGCCUAGUGUACGGCAGCAAUCUGGACAUGGGCGCGCCCACGGGCUUCGUGCUGCAGAUCAGCAUCUUCUCCACCUGGGGCGACCCCUACUAUGUGGGGCUCACCGGCGUGGAGUUAUAUGACCCACACGGGAAUAUGAUCCCGCUGACUGAAACUAACGUGUGCGCGCACCCGGCCAGCGUCAACGUGCUGGAGCGGCGCGCCAUGGACGUGCGCACGCCGGACAAGCUCAUCGACGGACACAACCACCGCGCCGCCGACGCCGCGCACUCGUGGCUCGCGCCCGUCCUGCCCGCCACGCUCAACAGGGUCUUUUUCGUGUUCGACAUCCCAGUUUCCGUAUACGGUAUGAAAAUAUGGAACUAUGGGAAGACGCCCACGAGAGGUGUAAAAGAAUUCGGCGUGCUAAUGGAUGAUCUGCUGAUCUAUAACGGAACCCUGGACUGUGCCAAAAACGAUGAUACCUUGACGCCCCAGUGGAUUUGUCUGCAAAACGUAGACGUAGAGAAUUUGACGCCGAGUCCAUCAGACGCGAGUCAGCGCACUACGACAUCUGGGUCUCAAGCGUCGGCUGACCCCAGCGCGCGUCCCUACACCAGCGUCAACCAGGUGCGGACCUUCCAGAAACAUCGUCAUUGAUGGACAUUACAUUUACUUAUAUAUAUGUACUUAGAAAUUACAAUAUCUCGGACCGGGGUGCUCGCUCAUGUUUGAAAUUGAGACCACCCCAAAUUUUGGACUUCGGAAAGAUCGGAAAUACGCGUUCUGCUGUGGUUUACGUUAAAGAGUGAUCAGUAUGUUUAUAUGUUAUAGUGGGAAACUUACCUUAUUUCAUGGAAGUGUCUUAGGCCUAGUUAAAAUAAAAAACCCGAACGCGAAAGUAGGUCUGAUCCAUCAUGGAUUAUCCCUCCAUAUCAAACGUAAAUAAUUCUGUCCAUGCUUUUUACAAACGAUUUGAGUUUUACGUCGUAUUUUUGAGCGUAAUCGUCUUCUGAGUAGUUUAUUAUUUAUAUUUAUACAUCUGUCGUUGUUAUUUAUUUAUAUUAUUUUAAUCACGACUACGCUCAAUGUAAGGCAACUUUGAUAUUUAUGCAAAAUUAAAGAAAAUAGAAUUAUUUACUACUACAGGCUUGUAUGAAGAAAUUGCCUUAUUGGAAUUACCUACACGUUACAUUUCAUAAGAAUGUGUAAUGAUGUGCUUAUCCUUAUCAGUGUUGAGUAUAGAUGCAUGAACUAGUAAAUGCGAAAGAUUAAAUUAACGAAUUUUACUCUAUGUCUAGUGUAAUUAUUACGCUAUUUCAUUGUACAAUAAGGGCAAAAACUGCCCAUUAUAAUAUAAACAAUAGAUGUUCAGUUAGUGUCUCAAAAUGUAGUAUAUGUGUUAUAAUUUUCACUGUAAGUUAAAUAAUGCCAAACAUAAUUGUGAGUGAUCUAUUACAUUCGUAAUAAAAUCCUAAACAUAUUCUUUUAGUAAAAUGUUAUUGAGCAGCUAAAACUUUAUGGAAAUGCCUUACAAAAGAUGAAUCAUUUCAUAUUAUCGUUUUAUUGCUAAGUUUGCUUUUGCAAUUGAUCCCCAAACGUAAGCCCCACUUUAAGACCAGUAGCAUGUUAUAUGUUAGCAUUGAAGUCGAUGUAAGUUCAUGUUUGAUGGUUAAAUUGUGAAUAGUUAAUUAUAGAGAGCACAGAAAUGGUACAUUACGCAAAGUUAUAAACAGUAAGUAGACUGCACCCGCCAAAAUACUUGUUACUUUUACUAGUCCGUUACUGUGAUCCAUUUACCAUAUCUGUUACUAUACAAGAUAAAAUACAAUUAAAAAAUCGGAAAAAAAAUGCAAAUCUUAUUUAGAAAAUUAUCGAGUAUUAGUUUAUUAUUUAAAGUAAAGUGUGAUCCGUCCAGUGUUAGUUAGUUGCUCAUAAAUUAUGAUGUAUUUGUAGGACAGCUGUACCUUCGGUGUAUCGUCAAAUGAAAUUUU